AUGUUAAAUAACAAGCUUUUCAGGGCGCUGGCCGGUUCUGGAUGUGUGUGGGUCCUCCAAGUGCUCUCGCAACACUGUGGUUUGGCAGAGGUACCAAAGAAGUGGCUCGACCUUGCCCGGCUCCAUGACACGGUAGACUCCUACCCGGGCGGCUCAUUAGAUUCUUAUGUCAGGCUCACGAGAUUCACCGACCUCAAAAUCGAUCUGGUCAAGGAACUUUUAGCCCAGGGAGUCGAGCCGGACGUCCCAGAUGGUAGAGGCCAGACUCCGCUCAUGCAUGCAGCGGUAUUGGGCAACAUUUUGACAGUUCAAGCACUGCUGUCUGCCGAUGCAAGUCCCAGUUCAAAGGACAGACAAGGAAGAACGCCAUUGUUCUUUGCUGCCUUUGGUGGGCACUACGGCAUCGUGGAGAUCUUGUUGGAUCUGGGGGUUUCAAUUGAUCUCGGAGACACAAAGGGCGACACCCCGACGACGAUGGCUACACGGCGUGGACAUAUGAGAGUGUUCAGACUGCUGGAACGGAGGAGACAGAUAUAG